AUUGUGACUUACAGUCUUACACAAACUAAUUAAUGGCGAAUAAGGAGAAGCUUCCAUGGGAUUUGGAGGAAGAGAUCCUAUCUCGUGUCCCUCCUACUUCUCUUGACCGAUUCAAAACCGUUUGCAAACGAUGGAACGCUCUCUUCAACGACAAGACGUUCAUCAACAAUCACAAGAUGACGUUUCAAUUCGUUUUAUCAACUAGAUCCAAGAUUUAUUCAGUAAGCGUCAAUCCCAAGGUAGAGGUGCGUGAGUUAACCUUAAAUAAUCCCGGUUUAAAAGCUCAAAGACAUAAAAAUUUGUUUGCUACCAGUGGAUUAUUGCUUUGUGACGUGGGUAAUGGAGCCGUGGUUUGGAACCCUUGGUUAAAACAGUCUAGAUGCAUCAAGCUCGAGGUUAACGAACCUAGUUUGGAUUUUCUUGGCAUAGGUUAUGAUAAUAAUAAGAGAGUUGAGGAAAUUGUUUACAAAACACUUUCGGUUUAUAUGAAAGACUUAGGCUCUCAAUAUACGUGGAAAAUCCAUGACUUUGCCUCCGAUACGUGGAUAGACCAAGAGAUUGAAAAGACAAAAUAUAGUAGACGAAUUACUGAGGGAAGUGUUACCAUUCGCUUAACAAACUUAAGUGUGGUAUCGUUGAAUGGAAAAUUCUUCAAGUUUUGUGAUCUACCAAGCGGGAAGAACCGUCGUCGUGAUGCUCUUGCCCUUAGGGUUUUUAGGGAAGAUAGGUUUUCGUUGUUGAGGCAGUGUCAUGUAACAAAGAAGAUUAAGAUUUGGGUGACAAAGAACAAGAUUGAUAAUCGGUAUGGUGGGGAUGUGAAAUGGAUGAGUUUCAUGGAGGUGUCAAUUCCUACCAUGCCGGAUUUAGAACAUCCCAAAUUUAACUCUCAGCCAAGUUACUUCAUUGAUGAUAAAAGGCUCGUCAUUUGUUCUUGUGAUGAAACUGGUCGGGCUUGGAUCUAUGUUGUGGGGGGAAAUAAGUUGGUCAGUAAAACCCAAUUGGAUUCUGUGGUUGAUCCUUGGCCUUUGCAUUGUACCUAUUUUCCAAGUUUGGUCCUGGUUCCUGGAGGUCAAAGAGAAGAAGCAGAGUUACAAGAAGCUAAAAAUUUACAUGUCACGACUGAGUUAUACGUUCCAGGAAAGACGAAAAGUUCGAUAAAAUUACAUUACGGUUGA